AUAUAUCUGGAGUUGUUCAACAGAGGUAAUGAUUUCUCACACCAGCUUCAACAUAGAGUAAUCAUUACCAUCCCCGAACUUUGGCUAAAGUGAUAUCAAACAUAGCUUAAAGCAACGAUUCAUUUUGCUUUGAACGGAAAUCAGAUGUCACAGGUUCAAUUUUCUACAUCCUGUGAACAGUAAAGGUCUACAUGGAGGAUCACGUGCUGGUAGAAGUAGCAGAAUCCAUAUCAUUUAUUGAGAGAUGCAUGGUUGCCAUCGGAACAAACCCCUCCCAUGCUUCUCUCCUUGCCGAGCUCCUGGUAACAGCCGACCGUAGAGGGCACUACAGUCAUGGCAUAAAUCGCAUCGAUGUUUACCUUGGUAACGUUGAACGAGGCGUGACUGCUAAGGAUGGCGAACCUGUUAUUAUCAAAGAGAUGGCUGGAACAGCUUGGGUAGAUGGGAAGAACUUGCUUGGUCCUAUCGUGGGUCAGUUCUGCGUAGACCUUGCAAUCGAGAAGGCUAAGCAAGCUGGUAUAGGAUGGGUUGUGGCACAAGGUUCUAACCACUAUGGCAUAGCAGGUUGGUAUUCUAUGAGGAUAAAGGAUGCUGGUAUGAUUGGUUUGAGUUUCACUAACACAUCUCCUUGUGCCUUUCCUACCAGAUCGAGACAGAUUAUCACCGGUUCGAACCCCUUAGCAUGCAGUGCUCCUGCCGAGAACGGGGAUAGUUUUGACUUAGACAUGGCUACCACGACCGUGGCGUAUGGCAAGGCUGAAAUAUGUCAUCUAAAGGGACAAUCCUUACCAAAAGGAUGGGGUUGUGAUUCAGGCGGAAAGGAGACCUCUGAUCCACGUGAGGUACUUAACGGAGGGGGCCUUCAGCCCCUUGGAGGGGAGGAGAUAACGGGUGGAUACAAGGGAACUGGUCUUGCUCUUAUGGUGGAGGUGUUGACUGGUAUAUUGGGAGGGGCACACUUUGGUUCCAACAUCAGAAAAUGGCACGGUGGUGACAGAGAAGCUGACUUGGGUCAGUGUUUUGUGGCAAUAAAUUCUGAUGCAUUCGCUCCGGGAUUUUCAGAGAGGAUGACGUCAUUGAUGGCAUCGUGCAGAAAUUCUGAACCUGCAAAUGGGGAAACGGAGGUACUAGUUGCAGGCGAUCCAGAGAGAGUCCAUGUGGAGAAAGUAAGACAAGAAGGGGGAAUAACGUAUCACAAGAAUCUAAUAACGAAAUUGAAUGGCAUUUCAACAAGGCUACAGGUGGAUCCAAUUGUUGUCAAGAAUCAUGACGCUUAA